GAAUUAAAAUGAACUAAGUAGUACAGUCUUCCAAGCUGUCACGUGUGUUUAGUCCCUCCCAUUUAAAUCAGAGCCAGAGAGAGAGAAAAAAGACGCUCCGUUCGGUGAUUGGCCCCCAGCGUUGCUCCAAUCACUGCCGGACUCAUUUCCAGCCCCCACACUGCUCACAGACCAGACGACCGUCAAGACCGCGUCGCCUCAGCUUCCUCACUUCUUGACUAAAUGGACUUUUGGAGACUUUUCUUCAGAGGAUGCUAACGCUGACCUUUUGAACGACGAUGACGGCGCUCGUGAGGAAGGCGCAACAGGUGCUGCUGCUGCUGCUGCUGCUGCUGCUGGCCUGCGUCCCGCAGCUGCCCUGCACUGCUCAGACACAAGAAGUGGUGGUGUGUACCGGCACCCUGAACGAUUUGAGCAUGACAGGGAAUUCCGACAUCCAGUACAACUUGAUGAGGGAGAGGUACGCUGGCUGUGAGAUUGUCAUGGGGAACCUUGAGAUCACCAUGAUGGAGCACACCAGAGACUUCUCCUUCCUGCAGUCAAUCAGGGAGGUGACAGGCUACAUCCUGUUUGCCAUCAACGAGUUCAGCCGCCUGCCACUGGACCACCUGCGCGUCAUCCGAGGCACCACCCUGUACGACGACCAGUACGCCUUGGUCGUGAUGGUCAACUACCAAAAGGACGGCUUGCACGGCCUGCAGGAACUGGGCCUGACGCACCUGACAGAGAUACUGGAGGGAGGGGUGGAGAUCAUCCAGAAUAAGUACCUGAGCUACGCCCCACGGGUCACCUGGCUCGACAUCGUGAAGGACAGCACGGCGCCGAUCGUCAUCGACGACAACGGACCUGACAAGCCCUGCAGUGAAGCAUGCGAAGACGUACCGUGUUGGGGUCCAGGAAACGACACGUGUCAGAUCUUGACAAAGACAAUCUGCGCCCCUCAGUGCAACGGCCGCUGCUUUGGCAGAAACCCUAGCGAGUGUUGCCACAACGAGUGCGCUGGAGGCUGCACGGGACCCUUGGAUACCGACUGCUUUGCUUGCAGGAACUUCAACAACUCGGGUUCCUGCGUCCCUCAGUGUCCUCAGACGGUCAUCUACAACAAGCACACGUUCAAACUGGAGCCCAACCCCAACGCCAAGUAUCAAUACGGCUCUAUCUGUGUUGCCCAGUGUCCCACAAACUUUGUGGUGGAUGGCAGCUCCUGCGUGAGCAACUGUCCCUCAGGUAAAAUGGAGGUGGAGAAAAACAGUGUGAAAAAGUGCGAGCCCUGUGGAGGCCUCUGUCCGAAAGCGUGCCGCGGGACAGGGACUCUGGACCGGCAGACUGUGGAUGCUCGGAACAUUGACGGUUUUGUCAACUGCACAAAGAUCCAAGGCAGUCUUCACUUCCUGGUGACCGGGAUCCACGGUGACGACUACAAAGGCGUGCCAGCCCUCGAUCCGGAGAAGCUGAAAAUCUUCAACACGGUGCAGGAGAUCACAGACAUCCUCAGUAUCCAAUCGUGGCCCGAAAACAUGACGGAUCUCUCUGUCUUCUCCAACCUGCAGACCAUCCAAGGCCGAUCACUGUACAGAGGAGUGAGCUCAAGAAGGGGCUACUCCCUGCUGGUGAUGAAGAUCCCCUCUCUGACCUCUCUGGGCUUACGCUCUCUGCAAAAAAUCAACGAUGGCAGCGUCUACAUCACGGGCAACAAGAACCUGUGCUACCACGACACGGUCAACUGGACGCGCAUCCUGAGCAGCAGCUCGCGUCCACAGCGGCGGCAGAAGUACAUUGACAUCAAGGAGAACCGGCCAAGAACUGAGUGCGUUGAGGAGGGACACGUGUGCGACCCCCUGUGCUCCUCUGACGGCUGCUGGGGCCCGGGGCCGGACCAGUGCCUGUCCUGCAAGAAGUACAGCAGAGGAGGAACUUGUGUGGCAGAUUGCAUGUUCUUGACCGGGGAGAGGAGAGAGUUUGCUGACGCUUCGGGAGAAUGCAUGCGCUGUCACUCCGAGUGUAAAGUCCAGGAGGGAAUGGAGACCUGCACAGGCCCGGGAGCCGACCAGUGUGUGGCAUGCGCCAACUUGCAGGACGGCCCCCACUGUGUGACCUUGUGUCCUGAGGGAGUGAUGGGAGGUGAGGGGGUCAUCUUUAAGUACCCAAACAAGCAAGGCCGCUGUGACCCGUGCCACAUCAACUGUACCCAAGGGUGCUUUGGUCCAGGAAUUGGGGACUGUGUUGGGUCUUCCAGAUACAUUUCUGGGCAAGCCACCACAGGCAUCGUGCUGGGAGUUAUCGUCCUCCUGUUUGUCAGCUUCUCUGUUUCUGUGCUGAGUGUCUUGUACCGCCGCGCCCUCGCCAUCCGUCGCAAACGAGCUAUGAGGAGAUACAUGGCCAGCCGAGAGAGUUUUGAGCCACUGGAUCCCGGGGAGAAGGGUCCCAAAGUCCACGCUCGGAUCCUGAAGAUGACAGAGCUGCGAAAGAUCAAGCUGCUGGGUCACGGAGUGUUUGGAUCACUUCAUAAGGGUAUUUGGAUCCCUGAAGGCGACACGGUAAAGCUUCCAGUCGCCAUAAAAACAGUUCACGAUCGCACCGGACGGCAGACGUUCUUUGAAGUAACUGAUCACAUGAUGGUGAUGGGAAGCCUGGACCACAUCAACGUCGUGAGGAUCCUCGGCAUCUGCCCCGGUGCCAACCUGCAGCUCGUCAGCCAGCUCACCAGCCAGGGCUCCCUGCUGGACCACGUCAGGAACAACAAGAACAAUCUCAGCCCGCAGAGGCUCCUCAACUGGUGUGUGCAGAUCGCAAAGGGUAUGUAUUACCUGGAGGAAAACAGGAUGGUCCACAGGAACUUGGCGGCCAGAAACGUACUGUUGAAGAAUAACUACACCGCCCAGAUCUCAGACUACGGCAUCGCAGACCUACUCUAUCCUGAUGACAAAAAGUACUUUUACAACGAGGUCAAGACGCCAAUCAAGUGGAUGGCCUUGGAGAGUAUCCUGUUUCGCAGAUACACUCAUCAAAGCGAUGUUUGGAGUUACGGCGUGACGAUAUGGGAGAUGAUGUCACAGGGAGCGGAGCCGUACUCCACAAUGCGCCCGCAGGAAGUUCCUGAUCUGCUGGAAAAGGGGGAGCGACUGUCCCAGCCUCCCAUUUGCACCAUCGAUGUCUACAUGGUCAUGGUCAAGUGUUGGAUGAUUGACGAGAACGUCCGUCCCACGUUCAAGGAGCUUGCCAGUGAAUUUACCAGAAUGGCGAGAGACCCCCUUCGCUACCUGGUGAUGAAGGAGGAUUGCAACCGGCAGGACACGCCUCCUGAUGAGCUUGCCCAGCGCAGUGCAGACCUGGACGACCUGGAGGAUCUGGACUUUGAACUUGAGGACCAGGUGGAGGAAGCAGAAGCGGACGGCAUCCACCCGCCCUCCCACUACCUGUCCCAGUCCAGGAGCCUCAAUGGCCCCUCCAAGCUGGAUACUCACAGAGUGGUCCUGGGUUCACCGGGGGGUGCUGGAUAUCUGCCAAUGACAGCAGGGGUGGACACAGCAGCACAGGCCCCGUGGCAGUCGCGCUCCCGACUCAACUCGGCUCGCACCACGUCGGAGGGCUCGGAGGGGUGUGGCUUCGCCGUGGACCUGGAGAUGAUUGAGGGUUUCAGUCAGGAUGGAAGCCUCGAGCGGGGACGCCGUCGGGAGGACAGCGCCUACGUGUCCCAGAGGGACAGCUUGUCCGGCGGCCCCCCCGAGACACCGUCCCCGGAGGUGGAUGAGGAGGACCAAAACGGCUACGUGCUCCCCGGAGACAGCCCGGAGAGAGAAACCCUGCUGUGUCCAUCUCGGGUCAUUCCCAGCACGAUCGGCAAGUGGCACUCUUCCGGGCUCUUGGACGACCUCGGCCCCGAGGAAUACGGGUACAUGAACGAGCAGACGAGCGUCUCGCCAAGAGUCAACAAGCACCUCAAAGACGCCGGCGGCCACUGGCUCCAGGUCAGCAAGACGCGGACGUCCUCCGUGUCGUCGCAGCUGACGGCGCGCUCGGGGGAUGUGGCGCCGUCCCUCGGGAACCGUCGCAGCUCCGAUUCGGAGCAGGGCGGUGCUCAGGAAGCUCAGUACGAAUACAUGGAUAUCAGGUGUGGUGGGAAGGAUGAAGGCCCUCCAGCACAUGACCCUCCUCCACCUCCUCUUGUCGCAGCACGGAUGGUGGCGGAGGAGGAGGAGGAGGAAGAGGAGGAGUAUGUGGAGGACAGCAACUAUCACUACACCAACAGACAGCCAAAGCUGCGGCAAGCUCUUCGGGAAAACAAGGAGCUGAAGAUCCAGGACAGGGAUGAGUAUGAGGACAUGGACUGCCUCGGAGACGCGGCGGUGUACCAGAACACGCAAGCAGCAAGCGAGGGCGGGGCGAGGUCCGACCCGCCCCACCGGCUCGGGUGCGAGCCUUACGUCAAAGUGCGGGCCGGAGUCGAGGUCAGCGGCGACAGAUCCUUCGACAAUCCGGGCUACUGGCACAGCCGGAUGUUCCUCAAGCCCAAAGCCGUGCCGACAUGAAGAAGAAGCCUCAUCCAAACUCCCAUGAAGGACUCUACAGGAGAUUACAUCAUAAGCUCAAAUGUAGCCCGGGGCUGGGUUGCAAGUUGCGUACUGACGCCGCAUGUUUGGCUUAACAGAACCCAAAUGGUGGCUGUGCUGCAGCGUUGCUUUUGGCAAUCAUGACCUCAUUAUUUCGUCGACGAACCUUGUUUUCCUGACGGUGGAGAGCUAAACACGGCUCUUUGAUGACAACAUAAACAUGCAAAAACUAGAGAAGCACUCCUCCGCCAAGCGCCAUAGAUUUCCACCCCCCCCCCUCCCCCUCGCCCCCCCAUUGUGAUUUACACCAUAAAUAUUAGUCCUACAUUUAUCUUAUCUACAUAUUUACAUUCCUUGACCAUGAAAACAUACCAUGGAAGGGUUUGAAUCGCUUAAAGAAUGCUACCAAUGCACACAUGCUAAUUUUAGCAUGCUAACAUCUAGCAUAGUAGCACUAAGUGUUGAAGUGCCUACUCCUGAAAAUGCUAAAAAUGUUAGUAUAAUUAUGUUAGCAUAUUAACAUGCUAACGUUAGCAUGAUAACACCUAGCAUGAUAGUGCUAAGUUUAUAUUUAUGAAAAUCACAAAAAAUGAUAUUCUCAUUUUAGCAUGCUAACAAUGCUAAUAUGCUAACACUUAGCAUAAUAGUGUCUAUGCAAAUGGCUAAAAAUGCUUUACCAUGCUAACACCUAGCAUGAUAGUGCUAAGUGUUCAUAGAAGUGUCUACCCAUGAAAACAGAUAGAAAUGCUACUAUGCUAAUAUUAGCAUGUUAGCGAUGUUAUGCUAACAUGCUAACACCUACCAUAAUAGUGUCUACCUACGAACAUGGAUAAAAAGGCUUUAGCAUGCUAACACCUAGCAUGAUAGUGCUAAGUGUUCAUAGAAGUGUUUACCCAUGAAAACAGCUAAAAAUGCUACUAUGCUAAUAUUAGCAUGCUAGAAAUGGUAACAUCCUAACACCUAGCAUGAUAGUGUUAAGUGUUUUUAUAUGCGUCUACCCAUGAAAAUAGCAAAAAAUGCUGUUAUGCUGACGUUGGUAUGCUAGCAAUGCUAACACCGAGCAUGAUAGCUCAAUGUAUGUCCCAAACAAGUGCUCUGACCAUUUUUUGUGGGGAGCUAUAUGCACAAAUGCUGAAAAUGGUCCUAUCUUGCAACGUUAAAGAAUCCUUUUAAAAAAUCCUGGAUCCAGACGGUGAUCCGGAUCACCCCCAAAAUGUAAUUAGUUCUUCCAUAUCCCCUUUCCGACAAUUCCUGAAAAUUUCAUCCAAAUCCAUUCAGAACUUUUUAAGUUAUUUUGAACACAAACAGACAAAUGCCGGCAAAAACAUAGCCUAACCUCUGACAGUUUCCCGCGGGCCGUACCAGCUCGUGGGUGGGGCCAGACUGGGCCGUGGGUGACUUUCAGGAAACUUUAUGUAAAUGCAUAUCAGUUUUGGAAAUAUCGGCGGUUACUUUAUUAUAAAAAUAAUAUACAGUAGCAAAUCCCAUCGUUUUAGCGUGUUUAUGUUGUUUGUUGCGAGCUGCGACUUGGCGCACGCACAAUGGGGCAUUCAGUGACCGUCGAACAAAGUGGGACAAGUCGCCACUUGCAACAAACAACAUAAACAUGCAAAAGCGACGGGAUUUGCAACUGCAUAUUAUUGCAAUUAUAAAAAAUGAAUUGACAAAAAAAUGUAUUUGUAAAUAGCUACAUCAAACUUUAUGUAAAUGCAUAUCAAUUUUGGAAAUGUGGGCCAUUAUUUUAUUUUAAAAUAAUAUCCUGUUCCAAAUCCCAUAGUUUUUGCAUGUUUAUAUCGUUUGGUUCCACUUUGUUGGACGGUCCUUGAACGCUUCGUAAGUUUGUCCCAUGCUGCACAGAUAGACUACUAUACUGCAUUUCUACCCUUCUUCUUUCUCCUCAUGUUUGCUCCCAAAUGCUGAUACUCUGUGGGGAUGCAUAAAGGUCAGAUUUGAUGACCUUAUUGAGUGCUAAUGUAAAUAUUUGGUAUAUUUGUUGGUGCACAACCUCAUCCAAUUUGCAAUACAGUAGUACCUCGCAUAACGUAAACCUCCUUUUACGUAAAUUCCACUGAACGUAAAGAAUAUAUUUAAGUUUUUGCAUCGUAUUACGUAAGAAAUUCCAUAUAACGUAAAUUCGAUAAAUUCGAUUUGAAUAGGUCGCGCCACAGAGAGAGGGAAACAUUUUCCAUGACUAACAGAGUACACUUGGUGACGCCUUCUGACGCUUCACGAUCUCAUUGGCUGAUUAUCGGGGCACCGCCUACGCUCUCAUCUCAUUGGCUGACUUAUACAGUGCAUACGUGAGUUUGUGUGAGAGACAGGCUUCUCCCUUCAACCUCCCUUCCUCAUCGUAGUCGCCCUGAAACUGGUUGAUUGUUUUUGUUUUUCAGUUUUAUUCAUUUACAGUAAUCUUAUUUAUUACCUUAUUUUAUAUUGGAAUGUUACUCUACUAUGUUUAUGCUAACGUUUUUUUAUAUUUUCCCACCAUAUUUGGUGGACUUUGAAUAUUUUGAAGGGCCAAAGGGGUGAGUUUGGGAAGAUCUUGGAACGGAUUAGGCUAUUUACAUGUAUUUUACGCUUUGUAUAACAUAAAAUCCCUAUAACAUAAAGGUUCUCGGAACAGAUUAUUUACAUUGUAGGGGCGUCUACUGUACUUAUUGACAGCAAUUAUAUUUAAAAGAAAUAUUUUCCAAAAUCUAUCCAAAUUGCCAAUACUUAUUGGCAUGCAGUAUAUUGGAAAAAAAUAUGUAAAAUUAUCCAAUUACAGAUGCUUAUUGACAUAAAUAAUAUAUUUUUUAAGCUAAAACUAUAAAAUUCACAAUACUUAUUCACAUAAAUUAUAUAUAUAUAUAUUUUUUUUUUUUUGGACUAAAACUAUCCAAAUUUCCAAUACUUAGUGACAUACAUUAUAUUAGAAAAAAAUAUAUAAAACUAACCAGUUACAGAUAGUUAUUGAUAUAGAUUUUACUUUGUUUUUUUUUACUAAAACUAUCCAAUUUCCAAUCCUAAUUGACAUAAUUAUAUUUAUUUUUUUUACUAAAUCUAUCCAGUUUCCAAUAAUUAUUGAAUUAUUGAGUAUUUUAUAUGUUUUUUUCUUUACUAGAACCAUCCAAUUUCCAAUACUUAUUGACAUAAAUGAUAUUAUAUUUUAAUUUUCUUUUUUUUUUUUUUUUUU